AUGACUGGCCUACCUUUAUUCUCGCGUCUCUCCUCUCGCCGCUCAGAUUCGCUCAGUGACACAACCCUAACUGAGCGACGGCUUUCUGAUCUUUCCAACAAGUCUCUACAUACUUAUCAUGAGCCAAACCAGGAAGCUCCUCGCCGGUGGGUUACGAGCUUUAAAUCAAGACUCAACCCUACAGUCGUGGGCAAGAAGAAAGCCCGCAGAAAUCGUGCUCUUGUUGUAGUUGCGAUUAUCCUUGCAGUGGGUGGUAUAGCUGUACUGGUGUGGUUCUCACUUGUCCUCACAUUGAUCGACCGACUCACACCUACCGUCCCUUCGAACGGACUACAGAGGAUCGUCGAAACAUGGAAACGCCCGGCGGACUCUGUCUCCUUACUAGCUCCCUGGCCGAAAGACUUCAGUCAAAGCAUCACACCGGUCCAAUGCCACUCCCACAACGAUUAUUGGCGCUCAGUGCCUCUAUACGAGGCCAUCGCGGCUGGCUGCACAGGCGUCGAAGCAGACAUUUGGCUCGAGGGCGGCGAUCUGCUCGUCGGUCACGGGAAGCGCUCUCUAUCCCCUGAUCGUACACUGACGAGUCUCUAUAUCGACCCGUUGACAUUAAUUCUGUCAAACCUAAACGCCAAUUUAUCUGCCAAUAGCUCGGUAGGCGUAUUCGAGGUUGAUCCCACAACAAGCCUUACUCUCCUGAUCGACAUCAAAUCGGACGGAAAUGCCACUUGGCCGAUCCUCCUCGACCAACUGGGUCCUCUACGCUCAGGUGGAUGGCUAUCCCGCUGGAACGGGACGAGCAAAUCUCUUGUCCGUGGUCCUGUCACGGUCGUGGGGACAGGAAAUACCAUGUUUGAGUUGGUAGUCGCAGAGGAAGAUCGAUAUGUCUUCUUUGACGCCCCGCUAAACGAGCUUGCUCAAAACACCGCCUAUACAGUAGAAAACAGCUACUACGCCAGCGUCUCGCUGCAAAAAGCCCUAGGAGUUGUAUGGCCCUGGGGCCCAACAGACAAUCAGAAACAGACCAUGCAGAAGAUGAUCAGCGCUUCCUCGGAAAGAGGGUUACUCUCUCGGUUCUGGAGCAUCCCCUCUUGGCCAGUCAGCCUGCGCAUGAGGCUAUGGCGGUUUCUGGUUGAUAGUGGGGUUGGCAUGCUGAAUGUAGACGAUGUGGUUGAGGCUACGAGGUGGAACUGGGACUGGUGUAUUGUGGCGGGGUUGGUGUUGUGUUGA